GUUCUUGAUACGAGAUGCUGGUGUUGAUGUUGGUGGCGGCGGCGACCUUGCGGCUCUGCUUGGUGGCCGGAGCUCGGCAGCUGUGCCGUAUUCACACGGUGAGGACAGGAAAGGUGUUUCAUGUGAGUCAGCAAAUUCAAGGGGACCGUCUGUAUUUUUCAUCGGGGACACCACGCUUGAUUAAACAUCCUUGCAAGAAAAACAUAGCCCUGUAUCUAGGAAGACAAAUUUUUUUCACAAGAGAUAAUUUCAAAAGUAGUCUCCUUCCACUUUCCCUCCCUACAUCAAUAAAGGUCGGCAUACCGGAAGUAACAUCGGCACACAUCGCUGGCUCGGUGUUGCUGUUAGUAGUGGAUCAAAAAGUCUAUGUUUAUGAUUACGAAGCCAAUUCCUGGAACGCAUCUAUAGGUAUAGAACACCCUGUUUCACAUAUUUCUGGUGACAAUUGUUGUUACAGCGGACAUCCCUUUUGUGUGGAUAUAAGUAAUUCCGUGUUUGCUUAUUUGCAUGGAGAUCAGAUAUCUCAGACCCAUGUGUAUUUCUCAAACACCCGGGGAUACACAUUUCAGAAGUUUGCCUACGAAAGACAGGCAGAACUAGCCGGGUCUUUGGGUGGGGUCUUCUAUUUUCACUCCUUGUCACAGGUUGGGCUGCUUCUUAUUGACCAAGGGAAGGCUAUGUUCAGCUACUCAGAACACCCCCUGAACCGCAGUUUGGGGCUGCCCUUUGACUACAACGGGACCCUUGACAUCCUCAUCACCCCGGGCCAGAAAGGCAUUCUGAUCUUCUGGUUUGAGAAGAGCCUGUUGGUUUCUGGAAACGCAGGUCAGCUCGUUUACCCUGUCCCCAUGGACGAAGAACCCCGCAUCUCGUAUUCUUCCGUUUCGGAAGCCAACGUCACCAUCCACAACAUCGCUGCCAAUCAGAAUGAACUGGCAGUCUUAACUCGGGAGAACAGUUUGUAUUAUGGCAGCCUCGGAAUCCUGCCAAGUUCUCUAAUCAAAUUUUCAGGCCAAAACAUCUGGUCCCAAGAGGCAGCCGUGAUGUUCACUGAUGUGGGGCAAGUGGAAAUACUGACCCCGCUCCCCGAUCCGAUGUUUCCAGCUUUUGAUUUCCAGAGGUGCCCUAUGAACGUUCAGGAGAUUCUCAUGGAUCCCCAACUCCAAGUUGACGUUUGCAAAGUAGAGCUUCUGCAAGGAGAAUUUGACAACAGGAUGUACAGCAUCGACAUGAACAGCAAACUGCAGCUCACAGCGCUCAUGAUUCCGCGGCCAGGCAGGUCACCGGUCCCACUGGCAAUGGUGAGCAACCCCCACUCCCUGGGGCUGCAGGUGGCCAUCUACGAGGAUGGCUACACCUAUGACGGAAACACCAAGCACAGACUGAACAUCUCCCUGAGGCAGCAGCACCACUGGGGCAGGGCCAACCCCAACUUCACCUCCAGCAUAAAGAAACCCACAGUAUCUACCAUCACUCUGGACGUAGCCAACAAGGAAAUUUCAUGUGUGGACCUGAAGCCACUGACGGCACUCAUUUCAGUGGGUUGUGACCAGGAGAAAAAGAUCGUCAUUCAGAAGGAAUGCAGCCCCGAGAAUCCAAGGCACAAAAAAAGGAAGAAACCAGAAGAUCAGUCAAAUUGUCAUACUCUUCCCCUGCAGGCAGUGGCGUGCUGCAAAAUCUCAGCCUGUUCCAACGGCAUCCUGGACCCAGUGGGCCUUCAGGACAACUACAGCUACAUCAUCGAGAAGGAAGCAUAUGACCCCAACUUCCGGGGACAGAUGUCCCGCGAGGACCUGGUGGUGAACUAUCGGUACGAGAAGCUGGGCUGCCCCCGCCUCGUCUACUACAACACCCCCUGGAGGCCGGUGGUGGAACUGUGGCGGGAAGGAAAGUUCCAGGAGGUGACGAAGGCAGAGUUCGUCCUGCUGGAGGUGAACGGGCUGUUCACGUACACGUACUCCCUGACCGCCCAGAUGGCGCUGUGCAGAUCCCAGCCGCAGAACUGGACCACCAUCCUGGAGAGCGCAGGCGACAAAAGGCCCUUCGCCUGGGACCGAGAGAACUACAUCAGCUGCCAUGACCCCGACAACGACGCCCCUCUGAGAUGGCCAGAUGUCCCGUAUCAGAUCUUGGGAGGCCCAACAGCAAACAGGGUUAUUUUUGACCAAAGGAACGGGAUCUAUGUCUUCUUCCUUUCUAUCGUGGAUCCCUACUACAGUUACUGUCACCUGGAGACCACCUUCAGCGUCUACGUCUACGGGGCCUUGCCCCCGUCCAUCAUCCCGACGACGGUCACCAUCAUCCCGCUCAUAAUGGCCAUGCUGCUGUCCGUGUGGUCGGCCUACAUGAUCCCCAAACUGCUGCACACCGAGAAGGGCCUCAGGCUCAAGGAGUUCUGGAUGAAUCUGUGCAGGAGACUCAGAAACCUUUGCCCGUGUUUCCAAGGCAGGCGCUGAGCGCGCAGCGGAGGAGCCCAGAGUUGUCUUAAAGCAUUCU